AUGCUCUUCAACCCCGACGAAGAACAUGCUGCAUGUGGAGUGGGCUUUGUUGUCAACACGAGAGGAUGCCGUUCGAAUUCUAUACUGCAAGAAGCUCAGACUAUGCUGAACCGUAUGGACCACCGAGGUGCUUGUGCUUGUGAUGAGAAUACGGGUGACGGCGCUGGUGUAAUGACCAGUAUUCCAUUCGAGCUGUACUCGCGGUUUGCUGGUGAAGCUAACAAAGAACUACCUCCUGUGGGUCAAUUUGCUCCCGGCAUGAUUUUCGUGCACAAGGUCACCGCCGAGCAAACCAUGGAAAAAUUUGCCGGACUGGCUGAAGAGUGUUGCCUGCAGAUAUUGUUCUGGCGCAUGGCUGAAGUGGACCACGAUGCUGUUGGUGAUGUUGCCAGAUCGAGAGAACCUGCAAUCGUUCAGGUAUUUUUAGUUCCAAGGUUUGAGGAGAAACCCUUCGAUGUGGAUAAAUUUCGAGGAGAGGUCUUCUUACUCCGUAAAUAUGCCAGUCACCAGCUUGGAGAGGACUGUUACAUUUGCAGUCUAUCGCCGGACACUGUGGUUUACAAAGGAAUGUUCACCACCAAACAACUGUGGACAUACUACAAAGACCUACAAGAUCCGGACUAUCAAACUCAUUUUGCAAUGAUUCACAAUCGCUUUUCCACCAACACUCUACCAUCAUGGGGGCGAGCACAUCCGCAACGUAUGCUGGCACACAAUGGGGAAAUCAAUACACUUCGGGUAAACAAUGGAAGUCGGCCAACAGAUGAAGGUGUGACUGGGUAUGAACUCCUCACUAAGGCUGAAUACGUUCGCGUUUUCGGCGUUUAUAAAGGCAAUGUGAACUAUUGUCGCGCUCGACAGAGUGUGAUGGAGAGUCGGAAAUUCUCUAAAGAGUUGCUCACAAAACUGUUCCCUAUAAUCGAACAUGGUAUGUCAGAUUCUGGAUCGCUGGACAAUCUGCUCGAGUUCCUCUACCAUGCCGGUGAGUACUCACUUCCCGAAGCAGUCAUGAUGAUGAUCCCCGAAGCGUGGCAUAACAUGGAUCCAAGCCAAGGGGACAUGCCGCAGAGCAAGUGGAAUUUCUACAAAUGGGCUGCCAACUGUUUGGAGCCUUGGGAUGGGCCGGCUCUGGUCGCGUUCACGGACGGGCGCUAUAUUGGCGCAGUGCUCGAUCGAAACGGACUCCGUCCAGCUCGAUUCUACGCGACUGACAACGAUAUGGUCUACAUGUCUAGUGAAGUCGGUGUAGUUGACAUUCCUGCCGACGUACGUGUUAUACAGAAGGGACGUCUCAAACCCGGACGACUGCUGAUUGUGGACACUCAAGCUGGUGGUCUUCUCGACGAUGAACGACUAAAGUUGGAGAUCGUGGAGAAGUAUCCUUAUGCAGAGUGGUUGGAUAAAGGGGCUAUCAGUUUAUCCGAGCUGCAUACAAUUGCAUCCUCUGAUAACUCGGAUGCGAACAACCAUCCUCUGGGUGACGACUCAUCCGUACUAGAUGAUCGGCGCCUGCCAUUAUUUGGUUUCAAUCCGGAGAACAUCAACCUGCUCUUAUUACCAAUGCUGCGAACCAGCAAAGAAGCCUUGGGUUCGAUGGGAAACGAUGCCCCACUUGCGUGCCUGUCCGAGCAGCUUCCUCAUGUGUUUGACUACUUUCAGCAGUUGUUUGCCCAGGUGACCAACCCUCCUAUCGACCCCUUCCGUGAACGUAUUGUUAUGACUCUGACAUGUCCGAUCGGACCCCAAAAGAACAUUCUAGUACAUUCAGAAUUCCAAGUUCAUCGACUCUGGUUGCCACAUCCCAUACUGUCUCUGGAUGAUAUGCGUCUGAUACAUUCGCUUGACGGAACGCUCAAGGACAGGACAGGCCGAAAGGAAACUUGCCAGGUACUUACCUGGCGGAGUAUGACGCUUGACGCCACAUUCGAAGCAGAGACAGAUGGGAUGUACUCACUGGGCUGGAUGCUUCAACGCGCACUAGAGCGGUUGUGUGAUGUUGCCGAGAGGGUCGUACGUAGUGGAGAGGUGCAACUGUUAAUUAUUAGUGACCGAGCUGCUGGUGCCUGUCGUGUCCCGAUUCCGUCACUGUUAGCCGUGGGUGCAGUGCAUCAGCGUCUUCUACGACAUCAACUCCGUAUGCAAGUUGGUCUAAUAGUCGAAAGUGGUGAGGCCAAAGAAAUACAUCACUUCUGCACCCUAAUCGGUUUUGGUGCCGAUGGAAUUUGUCCCUAUUUACUAUUCGAAUCGAUCGCUCGUCUGGACGCCGAUGGCUUGCUUGUUAACACUCAGAUGGACCUCGCCGACGUGUAUGAGAAGUGUACUUCUGCCGUACAAAAUGGUAUUUUCAAGGUUAUGGCGAAAAUGGGCAUUUCCACACUGCACAGUUACAAGAGUGCCCAAAUAUUCGAAGCUGUCGGAUUGGCCAAUUCUGUGAUAGACAUGUGCUUUAGUGGGGCAGCCAGUCGAAUUGGUGGUGCAGAUUUCGAUAUUUUGGCAAAGGAGACGCGCGCAAGACAUUUGUUGGCCUAUCCUCAAACUGUUUCCGUUCCAAGGAUGAUCAAUCAGUUCGCCAGAAAUCCCGGGUUUUAUCAUUGGCGCCAAGGAGGUGAAUCGCACAUGAACGACCCGGAGACAGUCGCCAAAUUACAGGCAGCAGCGCGAAAUAAUAGCAGGGAAGCAUAUCAGAUGUUUGCUGAAGCUGCGGAUCAGAGUAGUCGACAAUGCACAUUGAGGGGACAGCUGGACUUUGUCUAUGCUUCACAACCGAUUGAUCUGGAUUCAGUCGAACCCGCUUCAGAAAUUGUGAAGCGCUUUUCAACGGGUGCAAUGAGCCUUGGUAGUAUAUCCGCAGAGGCCCACACUACUUUGGCCAUAGCUAUGAAUCGCAUUGGGGCCCGUUCGAAUACCGGUGAAGGAGGCGAGCGACCGGAACGUUAUUUGAACAAAGAUCUUCGUUCCUCCAUCAAACAGGUUGCCUCUGCCCGCUUUGGAGUGGAUAGCUCCUACUUGGCACAUGCAGAUAUGUUACAAAUCAAAAUGGCUCAAGGCGCCAAACCUGGCGAAGGUGGGGAAUUGCCUGGCUACAAAGUCACACAGGAGAUCGCCCGUACGCGUUACUCUGUUCCCGGAGUAGGAUUAAUUAGUCCUCCUCCGCAUCACGACAUCUACUCAAUCGAAGACUUGUCUCAGCUUAUCUACGAUUUGAAAUCGGCCAACCCACUUGCGCUGGUCAGCGUGAAAUUGGUCUCAGAGGUUGGCGUGGGAGUGGUUGCGGCAGGAGUGGCAAAAGCUCGCGCUGUUCACAUCACCAUCUCUGGUCACGAUGGGGGCACUGGAGCCAGUAGUUGGACAGGGAUAAAACAUGCCGGCCUACCUUGGGAGCUGGGCAUUGCGGAAACGCAUCAAAUUCUUGUUAACCAAGGCACACGUUCACGAGUACUGUUGCAAGUGGACGGACAAAUUCGUACCGGUCGUGAUGUGCUCAUCGCAGCUCUGCUUGGUGCAGACGAGUUUGCCAUGUCCACUGCGCCUCUGAUUGUCCUUGGUUGCACAAUGAUGCGCAAGUGUCAUCUCAACACAUGCCCUGUGGGCAUUGCCACGCAGGAUCCAGUUCUUCGAGCUAAAUUCGCCGGUUCCCCUGAGCAUGUGAUCAACUACUUGUUUUUACUGGCCGAGGAGGUUCGUGUGUACAUGAGUAAAUUGGGUGUACGUCGCUUGGAAGAUCUUAUCGGGCGCACCGAAUUCCUCAAGCCAAUUGAGUUCCAUAAAAGCGAGAAGGCCUCACGUCUCGAUCUAAGUGGUCUCCUAUACAAUACCAAACCCAUCAAGUUCCAUCCUAAUUGGACGUCAGUCAUGCUGGAUGAUGAAGAAGAACAUGACCCAGUGGAUCCAGAUAUGACUCCUGUCGAGUCUUUGAUUCAAAUUUUGCCACACAGCAGGCAGUUGGACGCCCAGCUGUUGAAGUUAGCGAAACAUUUGAUAGAAACGCCGGAGUCUACCCCGAUCGACGCCACUCAGUCUGUGGUCACAUUCACGGGAGAGAUCACCAACGAGGAUCGGGCUGCGCUAUCCACCCUGAGCUAUGCUAUUUCGGUCCAGUUUGCGGAUCGGGGGCUACCUCCGGAUAGACAGAUCAAGGUUCAUCUGACCGGAAGCGGUGGCCAAAGUUUCUGCGCUUUCCUUGUGCACGGCGUCUCCGUGCGUCUGGAAGGUGAUGCCAAUGACUACGUGGCUAAAGGACUGUCUGGAGGAGAGGUGACCAUCGUACCUCCCACAAGUUUACUUCAGCAAGGCUUCAAAUCUGAAGCAAACAUCAUAGUUGGAAAUGUUUGUCUGUACGGAGCCACAUCAGGUCGGCUGUUCCUCAGGGGCCAGGCAGCUGAACGAUUCUGCGUACGCAACUCUGGCGCAGUGGUGGUUGCCGAGGGCGUUGGUGACCAUGGAUGUGAGUACAUGACUGGCGGCCGAGCGGUUAUUCUCGGUCGGACGGGCCGUAAUUUCGCUGCGGGAAUGUCUGGUGGAAUCGCUUUUCUCUACGAUACGGACGGUGGUUUGGAGGGACCGUUUCUUCGCAAGUGUAACCGAGAGCUGGUCGAUCUGGAAAUGAUGACUAGCGACAACCCAUAUGCGCCUUGGUUGCUUUCGAUACUCAAAGAGUUUACUCACGAGACUGGUUCCGAGGUUGGGCAGAAAAUUUUGGAGGAUUGGGACAAUGCGCUGAAGAGAUUCAUCUUAGUGAUGCCGCGCGAUUAUCGCCGUGCUCUAAAGGAAAUGGAAGAAAAGCAUUCGGAAAACACGGUGAUUCAGUCUGAACCAAGUCACCAUAUAGUGGAAUUGAAGGCAAAACAAACUGCUGUGGAUAUUGAGGACAUGGCUGCCGGUGACCAGUCGGACUCAGAAGCUCCACUAGACAAGCUUCGUGGCUUUGUCAGGUAUGCUCGCACGAAAGUUGGCUACCGUUCAGCUGAAGAAAGAACCAAAGACUGGGACGAAGUGUACGCUCACGCGGAAGUGCGUAAGGGUCUCAAACGGCAGGCGGCACGUUGUAUGGAUUGUGGUGUGCCGUUUUGUCAAUCAUACGUUGGUUGCCCUCUGGGCAAUCUUAUUCCCAACUGGAAUGAUUUGGUUUUCAAGGGUGACUGGCAUGCGGCUCACCUUGCUCUCGCACAAACCAACAACUUCCCUGAAUUGACCGGUCGAGUUUGUCCAGCACCUUGUGAAGGUGCCUGCGUGUUGGGCAUCAAUUCUGAUCCCGUCACGAUCAAGCACAUCGAAUGUGCUGUUGCAGACAAAGCCUGGGAGAAUGGUUGGUUCCGUCCAAGCAAAGAAUUUCUCCGCCCUCCAACCGGACGGCGUAUUGUGAUCGUGGGCAGUGGGCCUGCUGGACUGGCUUGUGCGGAUCAGUUGAACCAGGCUGGGCAUGAAGUCACAGUGGUAGAGCGGCGAAACAAACUGGGCGGUCUCCUGCGAUAUGGAAUCACGACGAUGAAACUCGACCGCAGAGUGCUCGAUCGACGUUUGGAUCUGAUGCGCGCGAAUGGUGUGAAAUUUGUUGUAAAUACUCGGGUUGGUACAGUGGGUGAUGAAAGUGGUCGGCGAGACUUGAACGCGGAUUGCCAAGAUCCCGCACAGCCCGUACAAGAGUGGCGCGCCGCACAACUGCUGCGCGAAUACGAUGCGAUGGUCCUGUGCCUCGGUGCCACAUGGCCCCGUGAUUUAAAUAUUCCUGGGAGAAACCUUGAAGGGAUUCACUUCGCUAUGAGCUUCUUGGAGCGCUGGCAACGCAGUCAACAGAAAAAACACCAAUCAAACGGCGGAAUAGACAAUUUCCGCAUGAACCGCAUGGAUGAUAAUGCAGUAUCCGCAAUUGCCAAGGACAAACGGAUCGUGAUCAUUGGUGGUGGUGACACUGGUGUGGACUGUAUGGCCACUGCACUUCGUCAAGGGGCGAAGUCCAUCGUGAAUCUGGAACUCCUUCCGCCGCCACCACCUUCUCGUGACCCCAGUGAGAACCCUUGGCCCGAAUGGCCACGUGUGUGGCGGGUUGAGUAUGGUCAUGCGGAAGUUGCGGUGCGAUUCGGCCGUGAUCCACGAAAGUUCAGUGUGAUCACCAAGGAGUUUUUGGACAACGGGUCCGGUGCUGUCGGUGGCCUUCGAAUCGCUAAUGUCGAAUGGACAAAGGACCCUUCGAACGGACGUUGGAAAAUGCACGAGGUCCCAGAUUCGGAACAGCUCAUCGAGUGUGACCUUGUCCUGUUGGCUCUCGGAUACGUUGGCCCAGAGAACAAACUAAUUGAAGAACUGGGGCUCGCCGUCACGGGCCCAGAAUCCCUAAUUGCAACCAGGCCAAACGAGUCGUUUGCCACAAUGAUAUCUUGUGUCUACGCCGCUGGAGGCAAGUUGAAAAAUAACCACCACUGUCGUCGUGGACAAUCGUUGGUGGUACAUGCAAUUAACGAAGGUCGUCAAGUAGCUCGCGAAGUUGAUUUGCAUCUAAUGGGCUCCACUCUGCUUCCUGGACGUGGUGGUGUUGUUAAACCACGCCCGACAGCUUUCAAAAGCCGCGUUUGAUACUCAGGGAUAAUAAUUCACGUAUCCACACAGUUGUGUUAUUCACACAGAAGUAUUCAUACUAAUUCGUACACACACAACCAUACGCUUUUUGUUUUACUCUCCAUGAGCCUGUUUUAUUUUUACACCGGUUUCUUUUUUAUGCCGAGCCAUCCAUACACGCCCACGCUCAAGGACAACCGUCAAAGGUUGAACGAUCGUGGCACAGCACGGCCACAUACAACAGUUGUUGUAUGAACUCUCUUCAGUAGCAUCGCGCCUUUGCGCCCAAGCAGAGUUAACAUUCUGGUCAAUCCCACCACUACCGGCUUCUUUGUUCAUUUUCAAAUUUCCGUAUUUUCCUAGACGCUUAUCAAUUGUUCCCCGGAUCGCCUUUUGUCUCUUUGUUGCCAUCACCUUUCACAACAUUUUCCAAACACGGCAAGCUCACCUGCCUUGUAUUGCUUUUAUUAGUUUACUCUGAUUUACUCACCUAUCCAUCCGUCCGAAGCAUUCACCCGUUUCGGUCAGCAGCAUACCAGUCAUAGUCGGUGAUAUGUUAUCUUUGUCCGAGUAGUCUCAGACAUCCUUCACAUUGUUGAAGAGAUUGAUACCGUCCUCUAUCUCAAGAAGCG